UAUAGCGCAAUGUAUACAAAAAGGACAAUAAAUGCUUAGGCGCUAAAACUAUUAAAUGGAUCAACUUGAAAAAUCGGUUAUAUUUCGUGAUAUAAUUUUAAAUACUAGAAAACCUUUAGUUUUUCAAAAAUUCUCUACAAAUUGGAAAUGUUUUGAUUGUUCACUUGAAGAGUGGUGUACGAGAUUUGAUGCAUCUCUGGGAAAAGGAAGCAAAUCCAAAUUCGAACAAAUGCCAAAGAGAUUUGGUGAUAUUCCCCAAUGGGAACGUUACAGGUCGGGAUUAGGCACCACAUUAACAGAAUUUCUUCAAAAGUACUCCAAAUGCAAGAUAAAUUGGACGUCGCUUUACUACGAACCAAACACCAACAUUCCAAUUGAAUGCCGACAUGAUGUUGACUUUGGAUGCUUUGGUAUAAAGAAUGGAAAGAGUGAUUACUCCUUUUGGCUGGGUUCAGAAGGAGCCAAUACUCCAUGUCAUUAUGACACCUAUGGAUGUAACAUUGUCGUCCAAGUCUACGGGAGAAAACAGUGGCUGUUAUUUCCCCCAGAGACCAACUUAACAUCAGUGCGAGUACCGUAUGAAGAGAGUAGCGUUUACUGUUCUGAAAACUUUUUUUCACCAAAGAACUUGGAUCAAUUCAAUGUUGCCCGGGAAAAUGCAUUCGAAUGUAUUCUAGAACCAGGCGAUGUACUUAUUGUACCCAGAAAUUGGUGGCACUAUGUGGAGAGUCUGACAACAUCCUUGAGCGUUAAUACUUGGAUUCCUUUGAAGAUGGAUGUAGAUGCGCAGAUAGAGGAAUGUAUUGUUAAAUAUAUUAUCGAAAACAUUUUGAGCCAGGAAUCUGAUGAAAAGAAGCGCUAUAUUCUCAAUCCAAAUCAGUUACAAUUAAUUGCACCCCGUGAAGAGCUUUUUGAAAUUCUGCGCAUAUUGGUGCAAAAUAAGACAAACGAUUCCCAAACUGAUGAAAAGUAUUCGUAUCAUUAUCUAUCGGAAGAAGCGGUAAAAGAUCUUAUCAAAAGCAGUCACGCUAAUAUUCGUGUCCUGAAAAACCUGGCUCCCGAGGAUUUCGAUAGCCUUAUGCGUGAACGAACAAAGCGAUUCAUAGAUAUGGAGAUUCCAGACAAGUGCAACAUUAAUGCAGUCAAGGAAACAUUAUUAAAUGCUAUUUGUCAUCCAAGUUCAAUAACUACAAUAAAAAACGAAUUUUUGAAACAAAUAAAAUGAAAAAUAAAAAAAUGAUAUUUUC